GAUGGGUGGGCCACCCUGAGUUUUCUUGUAUCUUUUGUCUCUGGCAGUUGUUCUGUGAAGCCACUGGAUUCUGGAAUCCAGGCCACUCUUCCCAGUAUGGAUUUGGCCAAAAGUUCAAAUGGCUCACUAGAAAGAGAGGCCCGGCGAAAGAGGAUUGUUUUGAACCAGAGUCAAAAAGAUACCCUCCAGGCAUGGUUUGAAAAGAAUCCCUAUCCUGGUAUAGCUGCCAGGGAUCAACUGGCCAAAGAAAUUGGCAUUCCAGAGCCUAGAAUUCAGGCCAUGCUGCUCUUCCUCCUCUCUGCACUGGUCCUGCUCACACAGCCCCUGGGCUACCUGGAAGCAGAAAUGAAGACCUACUCCCACAGAACAACGCCCAGUGCUUGCACCCUGGUCAUGUGUAGCUCAGUGGAGAGUGGCCUGCCUGGUCGUGAUGGACGGGAUGGGAGAGAGGGCCCUCGGGGCGAGAAGGGGGACCCAGGUUUGCCAGGAGCUGCAGGGCAAGCAGGGAUGCCUGGACAAGCUGGCCCAGUUGGGCCCAAAGGGGACAAUGGCUCUGUUGGAGAACCUGGACCAAAGGGAGACACUGGGCCAAGUGGACCUCCAGGACCUCCCGGUGUGCCUGGUCCAGCUGGAAGAGAAGGUCCCCUGGGGAAGCAGGGGAACAUAGGACCUCAGGGCAAGCCAGGCCCAAAAGGAGAAGCUGGGCCCAAAGGAGAAGUAGGUGCCCCAGGCAUGCAGGGCUCGGCAGGGGCAAGAGGCCUUGCAGGCCCUAAGGGAGAGCGAGGUGUCCCUGGUGAGCGUGGAGUCCCUGGAAACGCAGGGGCAGCAGGGUCUGCUGGAGCCAUGGGUCCCCAGGGAAGUCCAGGUGCCAGGGGACCCCCGGGACUGAAGGGGGACAAAGGCAUUCCUGGAGACAAAGGAGCAAAGGGAGAAAGUGGGCUUCCAGAUGUUGCUUCUCUGAGGCAGCAGGUUGAGGCCUUACAGGGACAAGUACAGCACCUCCAGGCUGCUUUCUCUCAGUAUAAGAAAGUUGAGCUCUUCCCAAAUGGCCAAAGUGUCGGGGAGAAGAUUUUCAAGACAGCAGGCUUUGUCAAACCAUUUACGGAGGCACAGCUGGUGUGCACACAGGCUGGUGGGCAGUUGGCCUCUCCACGCUCUGCCGCUGAGAAUGCCGCCUUGCAACAGCUGGUUGUAGCUAAGAACGAGGCUGCUUUCCUGAGCAUGACUGACUCCAAGACAGAGGGCAAGUUCACCUACCCCACAGGAGAGUCCCUGGUCUAUUCCAACUGGGCCCCAGGGGAGCCCAACGAUGAUGGCGGGUCAGAGGACUGUGUGGAGAUCUUCACCAAUGGCAAGUGGAAUGACAAGGCUUGUGGAGAAAAGCGUCUUGUGGUCUGUGAGUUCUGAGCCAACUGGGGUGGGUGGGGCAGCGCUUGGCCCAGGAGUUUGGCCAGAAGUCAAGGCUUAGACCCUCAUGCUGCCAAUAUCCUAAUAAAAAGGUGACCAUCUGUGCUGGGAAGGACUUCUCUACAGAAUGUGGCCAAAAGUUACAGCUGCUGCAGGACACCACAGAGUGAAAUGUGAGGCUUCCUUCACACUAAAAAUCCUUUCAGGGGAAGAAGGGGCCAGCCUACUUUCCCUAUAAGGGAUAAAAGUGGGUCUCCAAUGACCUUCCUGUCCCUAAACCCAAAGACUCCUUUUCAGCCCCUUUUCUCAAACCAUCAGCUGCAUUUGACCCUGCAGAUCUCUCCCUCCUCUUUCAAGCACUUCCUCCUCCCAGCUUCACAGAUACCACUCUUGCCUGGUCUCUUUUUUUUUUUUUUUGAGACUGGGUCUCACUCUGUCACCAAUAUUGGAGUGCAGUGGUGCGAUCUGGGCUCACCGCAACCUCUGCCUCCCAAGUAGCUGAGACCACAGGCAUGAGACACCACGUCCGGCUAAUUUUUUGUAUUUUUGGUAGAGAUGAUGUUUUGCCAUGUUGCUCAGGCUGGUCUCGAACUCCUGGGCUCAAGUGAUCUGCCUGCCUUGGCCUCCCAAAGUGCUGGGAUUACAGGUGUAGACCACCGCCCCUGGCCCCUUAUUAGUCUUUUUAGCUCGUCCCUCUUUCUCUCCUUGACCAUUUAAUGGUGCAGUGCCAAAGUCUCAGCUCUCAGCUGUCUUCUCUUCUUACACUCACUCCAGAGAUGAGCUCAUCGCGUCCCCUCAUUCAAAUUCCUUCUGGAGGCUGGUGGCUCCCCUGCAGAUGUAUCCCUAUUCAGCACCUCUUCCUGAACCCCGGAUUCCUCUAGCCAGUUCAGGCUGGAGCCCACGGAUAAAAGGAGGCUCCCAGCCUCCAUGGCUGCCUCUUAUUUCAAGGUCUGAGCCCAGGAAGCUGCACAGCAUGGCAGGGUGACCUGGCAGAGAAUGUCUGCCUCCCCAGCCAGGCCACAUGGCCCUGCACUCAGUAGGCCCUUCCUCACCCCUGCACCGCCCAGGAUCUCUCUCCAUCACUGCCAACAUGACUGCCUCUUGACUCAUGGGAGGAGUACCAGCUGCACAAUCCUAAAGCUGUCUGAAAUCUUAGGGAACUUUGGAACAAAGGGUCUCUGGGCAAGCUCCGAUUUACCUCCAAUCCUCUUCUUGCCUGGUGAUUCCAGGAAUGUUCUUUCCCCAUUCAACCUUAGAGAUAAUCUAGUUAAAUCCUCCUCCUCAUUUUCCAAAUAUGAAAACCAAGGCACAGAGAGGGAUGAAACUGUGCAGGGACAAAAGGGGGUGUCAGUGUUACAGCUGGGUCAUUAGCAAGGUCAUUUUGACCCUAAAGCCUAUACAUUUAGGCUGUAAAUAUAUAGGCCAAAGAUCAUGCAUAUUUAGUUGAUUUGACAUAUUAUUGCACAUAAUGAUUUAAAUGACACCUGUGUUCAAAAGAUGUCAGUGACACCUGGAUGAACCAUGGCCCCAUAAAAGGGGCAAACAAGGCCGGGCGUGGUGGCUCAUGCCUGUAAUCCCAGAACUUUGGGAGGCUGAGGUGGGCGGAUCAUGCGGUCAGGAGAUAGAGACCAUCCUGGUUAACACGGUGAAACCCCGUCUCUACUAAAAAUACAAAAAAUUAGCUGGGCGCGGUGGUGGGCGCCUGUAAUCCCAGCUACUCGGGAGGCUGAGGCAGGAGAAUGGUGUGAACCUGGGAGGCGGAGCUUGCAGUGAGCUGAGACUGCGCCACUGCACUCUGGCCUGGGCAAAAGAACGAGACUCCAUCUCAAAAAAAAAAAGGGGGGGGGCAAACAACCUCUUUCCUGAUAGAAAAUCAGCCACUCUCUCCUUAGUUUACACAAACCAGGGGGACUUCUCUUUCUGGAUGGGACCCCCCAGUCCCAUCCCUCUUCCCGACACUCCUACAUUUCAUAUAUAGGACAUCAUGUCUAUAAAACAAAAGCCACACUUCAAGACAGCAUGCAGCCCAGGUUCUCUGCUAAGAUCGUUCUCCAGUUACUGAAAAAAAAAAAAAUCCCCAAAUUUGUGGCAGCUUCUGAAAUAUAAGUCAGUUACACAAUAAUGAGCAAACUACUCAGAGACCACACCGAAACACAUUCAUCAAGGGAGCUCAGAAUGGCUUUUUUAUUACAAGUAAGAGAAAACACUUGGAUGUAGCAUAAACCAAGAGAAGUGUUUUUUUCUCUGAAUAAAGGGUUCCAAAUGGGCUUAAAAAGGACUAGGGGGACUCAGGUAACGGCAUGCUCUCUCCCUGGCUUCUGCUUCUCCCUAUGCAUCUUUGCAUCUUUCCCUCUUUUGCACACCAGCUUCCUCUGCUUCCUGGUCUCUUGACUACCCAAGCAUUAAGAAUCAUGUGUCCUAAAGACGGCUGCACAGAAAUCAGAAACUCUCCAAUGGGAUCAAUCGGAAACUCCUGUGGAAAUGAGUCUUUCUGUCUCAGAUGCCCGCCUCUGGUCCAAUCAACUAAACUUGGGGAGUGGGUCCGCGUGGUACAAUAUGGCCACUGGGAUAGAUGCAAGAUCAUGAUGGUCUGGGAAGACCCCCUGAAAGUGACCACUACCUACCCCAAUACUUAAGCCAAACCUACUUCUUGCUAAGGGAAAAGUCAGCGUAGUUGAAGUGUGUGGAGAGAAAAAAAUCUCCUAUGAUGUUGAAGGCCUGGAAUGUGGAUACUUCAAACCCCAAGAAGAGGCUUCAGAUCCAUCAGUGCCAUGGGCCACAGGGUUCUGGUUUGCUCUCCAGCACAGAGAACAAGCAGGGAGGGCCAUUUGAGAUCUGUAGGCACAGGCUGAUUGGAGUAGGGGACUGAAGCAGUUAUUUCAGAAAUUCAGGUCCUAACCAGUUCCUGAGCACAGAGGUCUCCCCUGCACUAACACACAUGGGCCAAGGUCAACACAGAUCUCAGUGUCUGCCCCACCUUAACUGUAGCAGUCAGGGUCCCUUGUUUAGUAGCCUGUGUGUCAAGUGAUUUGCAUUCUCAGGUGAUGUUGUGACUCUCACCAUGGACACCAUGAGAGCAGGCUGGGACCCAUCCAUGUCUGAAGCGGGGACUUUCACAGCAGUUUCAUAGAGAAACCCCUGUUGAGUUAAAAAGUAUACUCUCAAGUCUCAUCCUGGUUUUCAACCUUCUGUCACCAACCCAGUCCACAUUCCAUAAUGAGCAGCUGAUGUGGAGCCCUCUGACGUUUGCUUUUCUAGGAUCCUGUCUAUGUUCUGAAUCCCCUUGAUACACAUCACUGAAACUUGAGUGGCGUAAGUUCAGGGCAUUCUCAACCACUCUUCCUUUCCAGAUGUUCACCUUAAAAUUCAAGUUUAAUGAUGUGCUUGACCUUUUCAAGUUACCUACCUAGAGCAAAGAAACUAGUUAUCUAUUAGAGAAAUGCAGUCUUAAUUUGUAUGUCAAAUAUUUAUCCAGGCAUUGGAUACAAAGAUUGACAUGGCUAGUCAUGCCCUCGUGAUCCUGCACUUCCCUAACAUAACAAGAUGAGUAAGCUGCAGGAUUGUUCUGGCAAUGGACAAUAGCGGUGCUCAACAAGUGGAUUUAGAAUGAAUGGAUGGAUGAUAAGAGUUUUAACUAAGAGAAUAGAGAAGAGACCUCUCUUUGUGCAAUUACCAAGCCACUCAUAGAUCAAAGCAGUCUCCAUUACUGUCCACUCUAAUUGCCUGUGACUAUUAGGCCUCUCUAUGGCUAACAGCAGGCCUGGCAUCUUAUGGUAGGUUUUACUGUUUCUCGCCAAUCUUUCACUGAGAGGACUUUUGAAGGCAGGCAUGAACCUGUGAUGUGGGUCACUCCUGGGGAGAAGCAGAAAAGAGUGGGUAUACAUUUCUAAAAUGCCCUCUCGUCUGCUGCCAUGUCUUCUGUGAUUAUAGACAGAUUGGUAGAUAUAAAGUUCUUGUACAAGGCCAGGUGCGGUGGCUCACGUCUAUAAUCCCAGCACUUUGGGAGGCCGAGGCGGGUGGAUGACUUUGAGGUCAGGAGUUCAAGACCAGCCUGACCAACAUGGGCAAAACCCUGUCUCUCCUAAAAAUACAAAAAUUAGUUGGGAGUGCUGGCACGUGCCUGUAAUCCCAGCUACUUGGGAAGCUGAGAAGGGAGAAUCACUUGAACCCGUGAGGUGGAGGUUGCAGUGGGCAGAGAUUGCGCCACUGCACUCCAGCCUAGGCAACAGAGUGAGACCCUGUCUCAA